CAAAAUAUCUAUUCGAUAUUGUUUUCAUUGAUUCCAUCCAGUCAAGAUGGAAACACUCGUGCCUCUACUGCUGAUCCUUACCUCGGUUUGUUGCUUCGCGCAGGACCUAAGAUGCAUUUCGGAGUCGCCUUACUUCAUACCGGAACUCCAGGCUAACUGGUUCAAAGCGACAGAAUACUGCAACUCGAUGGGAAUGCGACUGGCGGUGAUCACCAGCGAAGAAGCUAACAAGAAAGCAAUCCUCACGAUACAGUCCGCGAACAAGUUCAAUCCGACGUCCACCGAAAUCUGGAUUGGUGGAAGUGACCUCGCGAAGGAGGGAGAGUAUAUCUGGCAGCCUACUGGGAAGCGAUUCGAGUACAACUUCUGGGCGAAGGGUGAGCCGAAUAAUUCAGGGGGCGUUGAAAAUUGUGCUCAAAUUCGAUAUGUUAGCGCAGCCGUUGGUUGGCAUUGGAAUGAUAAAAACUGUGACCUCGAGCGAUAUUUUAUCUGCGAGAACGCGGAACCGAAGCGCGUCGUCGUAGUGUUCUGAGUUAAGUUGAACUAAGUUCAAAGUGGUUGCUCUCUGACUAACGCGUAGACAGUUGUUUGCUAGAUCCACUCGAAGCAGUGUGUCGUGAACGAACAGAAGACUUUUUACGAUUACUCUUGCGUUUAACA